AAACAUGUUUCAAAAUCUCAGUCGACCUUGAGGUGGCGUAUAGCCUUAUGGUUCUAGUAUAUUUCAACCAACACUGCUGAAAUUUAUUUCAUUCUCUUUUCAAUUGAAUCUUCAAGGAAUUCCUGACAAAUGACAAUUCAGCAUGGUUAAAGUCGACUACCUCUAUUAGCUAGAAGUUGAAAUGCUUGUUUUGAUUCAGUGCUAAGAACCUUUUUUCAGAGUACGCCUGAAUUACUCUUGAAAAAUCUCAACAACAUUAUGCUUGGAAAAAUCAUUACUCAUGUCCCCAACUUUUUGAAGCGACAGCUGAUUUACCCUCACCAUUCCUUACUAAAUUUGUUAAUAGAAAAAGCAGACUUCAGUGGCUUUGAAUAUAAAGGAUCUGACCAUUUUCUUUCAUAUUCUUCAACAGAAAAGUUGGAUUCUGCUAUCAGAGCCUUAGACCAGCAUUGCAAAAAUGGUAUUGCCCAUCUAAGUACUAUUGAAGAUUUAAAAAGCUUUGUGUCACAUCCUAGUACAACAGUUAAUGAUAUUUUGGACAUUGAUGUACGUUUGCUACCUUCGGAAGCAUGUGCGAUGUGUUUAGAAGCUUUACUAAGAAUGCAAAAUCAGUCUUAUGAUUUACUAAUUCGUAAUGCUCAAAAUGAUUUGAGAAAUUCUAUUGCAUCUGGUGAUGAUUGGCCAUCACAUUACAUAAAAUUGGAGCAUAUAACAAAAUGGCAUAAAUUCGAUGUAGGAAGUAAUCUAUCCUAUAACAAUAAUAAUAACUACUCUUGGAUGAAAUCAGAAAAAUUCGAUCUUUUAGUAUUAACAACAGCAGCUUGUGCCAAUAGUUUAUCUAUUGAAUCUUUACUAAGACUGGCUGGAUAUUUUGGAAAUUUUUGGGAACGAUAUGAACCAAAAGUUUGCGCAUCAGUACUACGUCAUAUAAAUAAUCAGAUAGACAAAUUAUCAUGCGUUCAUUUGGCUCAAUUGGCACAUGUAUUAUCUAAAUUGAAGUAUAGUCAAACUUCUAAAUUCCCUCAGGAAUUACGUACUGAGAUUCAUUUAUUGGGAUCAGCAAUCGCUAUUCGUUUAUUGUCUGGAAAAGAGAUAUUAUGUUCAGUAGAUCCUACAGUUGCCAUUCGCUUGUUAUACGAUAUACGUUGGGCACUUUCAUACAAUCAGAGAGUGAUUCUAUUUGAUAGUAUUUAUUAUAAUCUUACACUGAAUCAUGUACAAUGGAAUUUGUAUACAGUUGCUUUUCUGCUACUUCAUUCAUGUAAACUAAUGAUCUAUAAACCUUCAGUGAUAAAAAGUUGUCUAGGUAAAAUAUCACGUAAACUACGAAUAUCAGAUUAUCAUCCUAAUAUAAAUCAAUCCCAGUGGAUUAACGCUAUCCUUGCUGCUUUAGCUAAUUAUACAGUUAGUUUUAAUGGUGCAAGUGGAAAUUGUGAAGAAGAAUUACAAUAUUUCAUUAAACCACCUUGUCGUAGUCACAACAACAAUACAAUGUCAAUAUCUAAAACUAUAUUUGUUCCGUACGAAGUAUUUACUGCUGAUUGGGUCCAAACAUUGUUCAAUGAUAUAUGUCAGCAUGUUACAAGUCAACAAAUAGUAGAUUAUAAUUCUUUGAGGUGUUUAGCACAGAUUACUUAUUCUUUGUCUUUAUUUGGUCACAAGGCUGAUUCCCUUAUUGAAUAUUUUAAUGAUGCAAUGAAAAAACUUAACAACGAUGCUUCAUCUAACAUGUCGACGUCAUUAACAACUGAAUUUUCUCAGCUACAAUUAUAUAUAAGUAUGGCUAAAUGUCUACUUACCCCACUUUCUAAAAAUAGCAGUGAAACUGAAAAACUGUCGGUUUCUUCACUACCUAGCGAUUAUUGGAGAUUUUAUUAUCAUUGUGGUCUUGGACUUUUACAAAGCAAUGAAAUAAACGAUCCAGUGAUUUCCAAAAAAAUGAUAAAUAAAAGAAAAAUCGUGAAUCGUUUAUACCAUGUGUUCCUUAAAAAUAGUGACCUGUUCAAAGAAUUAAACGUGGAUACAUUUCAGUGUAUACUGUAUCCUAAUAGCGAUAAUAGUAAUGUAUACUUUGCAGAUAUUCUGUUUAAACAAGCAUGCGAACAACACGAAGGUAAAUAUAAUUACGUUAUUUGUAUUGCACAUGAAAAUCGUGAUGAGGUCGCCAAAGGUCCGUUACUUUCACUGUUAAACUUUUAUCGUGAAACACAAUGUUUACCUGUUCUUACGGGCUUGUUAUUUUGUUUUUCUGCUCCAUGAAUUCAUGACUAUUCCUGGUUAAAAGUGAGUGUUUAUCACCAGUAAAAUGCAUCAAACAGUUUGUUUUGUACAGAAUUGUGAUUAAACAAAAACUUUUUUAAAGAACUAAAGAAGUUACUUCAUUAAAAUUUAUUUUUUUUGAAAAAAAUGUUAUUUCAUGUUUGUGUAUUUUGCUCUCCAGUUUAAUAUUUGUACUUGGAAUAAUUUGCCUUAUAAUGAAGCCAAACUAAUUAUGGUACAAAAUUUUCUACGUGAAGUAUCAAACAGAUUGAAUGAAAUGAAUAAUUUACAUCUACCGGAAAUUCAUACAACGGAUCUUGUUUUUUGUUCAACAUGAAUUAUUAGGCUUUAAAUAGUAUGUUAAUACAGGUUUUAUUUAUACAAUUUCUAGACGGAUGUAUGUAUAAACAAAUCAUAGUUUUGUAUGACUAAUAUACUAUAAGAAAGUGUUUUUUUUCUUUCAAUUUGCAAUGGAUCUGUUACAUUCUGAAUGUUUUCGUAUUGAGCAAGAAAAAAAAACAGUAACUUGAGCAAUGUGUUUGUAUUUUGUACUUAAUGAUGAGUAGAUUUGAACAACCUUACUGUUUCUGAAUGUUGUCUCAGUUUUUGAUGUGGAAAUUUCUCAUCUUAUUUUCCAUUUUAGAUUAUUUGUAACGACAUACGGUAUUAUAAAAUACAUAUUUACUUGAUAA